AUAUUUAUGAAAAUAAGUAGAAUAUCCAUUGGAGCACAAUUUAAAAAAUGUAUAAUUCCCCUCUACUAUUAAUAGCGUAUCCAUGACAACAAUCGUAAACAUGACACACAAACAGACCAGGUGAUUGCGCUCUGGCACAAAUGUAUACAAAAAUAUAAAAUAAAGCAUAACAUAAUAUAUUCAGUUAUAAGUAACUACUCUGAUGUGAUUUGUAAUAUUAUAUUGUUCAUAUUGUAAUUUAUAUAAAUAAUUAAUAAAAGUUAAAAUGGUGCAAAUGGAUUGGGAUAGGAUUCGCGGUGUCAAAGCGGUUUCGCUGACAGACGAUGAAAUAGAAGAUUUAUUCCCGAUGGUAAUUGGAUGUGAUACCGAACAAGUUGAUAAUAUUCAUAAUCUACGAGCUCUUAUUAAAUUGUCACAAGAAAUGUUGCAGUAUAAAGAUAAUCAAGUGGAAUCAUUAGUAUUAGAAUGUGAUGAAUUAAAGACUAAAAUAUCAAACAACUUAACUCCUAAGAAGAGUAAAAAAAACAAUGUCAUAGACAAUAGUGUCACUCAGAUAAGUGAUUUUAAUUCGAAUAAUUAUGAAGAAAUAUUGAGGACCAAAAAUGAGAAAAUUAAGACACUUAUGAAUGAACUGGAGGAAUUUGAAAAAGAAAACGAGGAACUAAAGGAGAAAUUGGGGAAUUUAAAAGAAGAAAUGGAGGACGCGAUUGAAAGCAUGAACGAAAUGACGGAGGAACUCAAUAACCAAAAUGGAAAAUUGCUACUUUUGAAAGAAGAAGCUUUUAAUUUGAAACAAGAAAAAGCAGCAUUAUUUAACCAGAUCGAAGAAAUGACAUCUGCGCAACUCGAACGUGACAAAGUGAUUGACGAAUUUGGGGCAGCGAUAGACGAGCGCGUUUCCGAGUGGAAGGGGAUUUUGGACAGCAAAGACGCAGAAAUUUUCAAAUUAAAGGAGCAAUUGUCCCAGUCAUUGAUCAAUCCGAGUACCAGCAGGAAUGUAACAGCGGAGAUCGUGUAUUUGAACGAAGAAAUAGACAAGCGAGAUAAGAUUAUCGAGGAACUGAAAUUCAAAUUAGGCGAAGCUGCUGCGGAAAUCAAUGACAGUGCAGCUGUGAUUGAGAAGUUAAACGGGGAUUUGAAGAAAAUGGAGAAAAGUGGUAAGAGGAAAGAGCAGAGAGAUUUGCUGAAGAAAAUUCAAGAUGCCAAUGUGAAGAUUUCAAUUCUAAAUUCUUCGUUGGCUGAAAGUGAGAAUAAUUUGAUGGCAAAAAGCCAGCAGCUGUGUGAAGUUUUGGACUCGUUGAAAAAGUACCAGAACAAAAACCAAGGACUCACGGAAAUUAUCAACGAAGUCAAGGAGCUGAAGAAGCAAUUGACAGCUAAAACUAAUCACAUUCAGGAUUUGGUUAAUGUUGUUAAUAAACUAGAGACUUUGAAUUCACAACAGGAGAUUCAAAUUAUUGCAUUAAGAGAAAAAUUGGAAAUGUCCGAUAAUGAAGAAAUUUGUGUCGAAGCGGUCGAAUCGAGAUACCAAGAAGAAGCGCGAGUUAAAAAUGAAUUAUUAAAACGCGCUGAGAUGCUUGAACAAGAAAACUUAGAUUUGAAAUCUGAUAUUCGAGCGUUAAAAUAUAAGUUAAGUAAAUUUAGUGAUAAGCCGAUAAUAAGUAGCCGUGAUUCGCCAGAUAAGAAGCAAAGUCAGGACAAUACUUCGACAAUAAACUGGACCGAUGAAGGGUUCAUCUCUCUGAGGCGUAAAUCCGAGUACGAUGAGGUUCAAGAAAACAUGAGGAUUAUUGUUGAAGAGAACGAGGCUCUUAGAAAGGGGAUGCAUGAAAUACUAGACAGCAUUCACGAUCAAGACGGCAAAAGCUCUAUUGAAAUCCAAUCGGACAUUUUGGAACGGCUGCUCGAGGCACUAGAUGUCAGGCAUUUGGCUGGGUGGUAUCAUCCUGCAAUGAGGCUGCAAGAGCGCCUGAAUGUCAUUCAGGGAAGCAACAAUGAGUUGAGGUCACAAUUGAAGCAAUUGAGAAAAGAGAUCCAGAAAAAAGACAAUAUCUUAAAAAAAGUAGCCUUAAAGCAUGACAACCAGAACAGUGUCACAAAUUCCGAAGAAUCUGAGACUGAAGAAGCCAAAGUGUACGCGUUGGAGAUGGAAAAGAUCCAAACGCGCUAUGAAAAUGAUUUCGACGAAUGGCUAAAAGAAAAAGAAACUCUCACCCAGCAAAUUAGUAAUCUGACGGAACUGAAAGAAAAGCUCGAAACCCAAUUAAAGAUUUACGAAAACGAUUUAAAAGUCUUCGGAUCUAGCGAGGAUGAAAUAAAGCAGGCUUUCGCGAUACGCACCAAAGAGUUCACAGAAUUGAUGACGUCUCAAAAAAUAACUUCCAGAAAAAUUAAGCUUCUGGAGUCUUUGCUAAACGACGAGCUGCAGAAAAUGUAUUUUUUUAAGAAGGAGGCGAUUGCCAGCGAGAGCGCUUACAAAAAAACCAUCGCUGAUUUGGAGAAAAGCGCAAAAUUACUAGAACAAAAGGUGACCAAAUUAGAGAAAAAUUUCGCGAAUACGGUCAGCCGUGACGACUUCAAUGAAUUGAAUAAAAAGUACAACCAGCUGCACUUGCGCUAUCGAGUGUUGUACGAAGUUCAGCUGAGCGUGAAUGAGAAAGAUUUUAAGGGUGUUGAAAAAAUCAAUGCCGAGUUGCAGGAACAGCUGGCUAAUGUUCAGACUUUGCUUGCGGAAAAAAUAAAAUCAUACUGCGAGUGUGAAAGCAAAAUUAGUGAUAAAAAUCCAUUUGAAAUGAAGGAAGAAAUUUUAAAGCUAAGAAAUGAAAAUAACAAUUUGAUGAAGAGUUUGGAGAUUUCUAGAGACGAAGCGCAGAAGCAUUAUUUAACGAAUUCAUUGAAAAUAUUCGAAGUUGAUAAUCUGAGGCAUCAGAUAGUCGACUUGCAGGCAGUCAGUGAAGACAAGGAGACGAUUGCUAGGUUAGGAUUUGAACUUAACACUUGCAAGGCCGUGGAAAUGGAAACUAACAUCUACAAAGCUCAAUUGGAGAACGAAGUUGCGCGAGCUAAGAAGGAUUUGGAAAUUUCCGAGGAGAAGUAUUCUGAGAUUCAGUCGCAGUUGGAGGAGCAUCGGAAUUAUUGUGAUAAAAAGUCCAGAAAUUAUGAAUUGAUUAUUGAGUUUUUGAGGAAUCAGUACUCAGGAUCAACUUCUGCGACUUCACUGCUAAGGUACGAAGAUCUGAUGGCUGAUUUGAAAAGAAAUAGAGCUGAGGUUGAAAGACAGCUCAAGGAGGCUAAAGAGACUCUUGAAAAAGCCAAAAUACAGCAGGAAACUUUGACCAAUAGGCUUGAAAUUGUGGAGCGGCUAAAGGAUAUUUUGGAACAGCAGAUCGGGAGCGCGAAUGUUGAAGAUGUUAUCAAGACAUUUUCAGAUAAUUCGCAGAGCACUUUGAAUGAAUACAGAUACAAAAGAAAAAUUUAUCAGCUGGAAAAUGAGCUGCAAGUGCAAAUCAACAAGUUGAGCGAGUAUGAAGGUAUUAUAGUAGAAAUGGAGAUUGAAAUGGUUAGCAAUCAAAAGGCUUGGAAGAAUUUUGACAAUCUUGGAAUAAAAAGUCCUCGGAAGAAUCUUGAAAAGUUUACUGAGAAAAAGAGCGAAAAAUUCCCGAUUAAGUCGUUGGUCGAAAAAUCUCAGACGGAAAAAAAUGAAAAAGUUAUGGAGAAGAAAUCGAUUUCAACUCAAAUUGAUGUUUGCACUAGAGUGAUUGGCGUUCAAACUGAUCUUAAUUUCAAUAUAGAGUUAAAAAAAGAAGUUGAGUUGAAUAAAACAGCAAAUGCAGAAGAAAAAGUUCCAGAGUUUUUAGAAAAUCAACUGAAAGAAGCUUUGACUUUGGCGUCAGAUCGCUCUGCAAAGUUGAUCAGAUACGAGUCGCAGAUUACGGAGUACCAGGCAAAAAUUGAUGCUCUGAAUCGCUCGUUAGAAGACAAAGACCGUGAGUUAAUAGAACAAAAACGUGUUAUUGCUAGAAAAUCUUCAGAAAAUAUUGAAAAUGAAGAAGCUACGGAGAAAGUGACUCUUAAAUCGACAACCAAUAGCUUACAGAAGAUAAUCAGCCAGAAGGAAGAAACGAUUCUGCGGUAUCAGAAUCUUCUUAAAGAAGAACGGGAUGAGUAUAACAAAGCUACUGCUCGACUACAGGAACAAAUCAAUAAGUUAAACUUGCAAAUAGAUGGGAUGAAAAACGAGCAAGAUAAAAUGGAUCAAUCAGACUUGAUAAAUGAUUUGAAAGACACUAAACCGAAAUUUGAUAUUGAUUCAGAAGAUAAAAUAGUUCGUUUUACCGAACAGGUUUCAAAUUUGCAAGCGGACCUGGAGAUUGCCAGUCAAUUGAAUGAAAGAUGGCGAAGAUUAGCAGAAGAAAGACUCGAGCAUGUAGAUGAGAUUCGCAACAAGCUAGAAUUGCAACAUAAGAAUGAAUUAGAUAGUUAUCGUCGUGAAAUAGACAAAUGGCAAUUGGAAACUAGCGCUUUGCGUCAACAGUUGUCGGAUAAUAGGAUCAAAUUGACCAAAGGAAAUAUCACGCUGACAAAAGAGCUCCAGGAACGAGAUAACAAGAUAGAAGAGCUGACGGUGGCUUAUCAGCAGCUUCAAAGCGAAUUCGAAAUGAUUGAAUUUGUGCAUCAUCAAACUCCAUCAUCGCAGCAGUCUAAUAAAUUCAAUAAUGAUUCAAAUGUGAAUCAAGGUUAUGAUCGCACAGAAUUGAAUCGCAGUGGUGAAAAUCCUCAGAGCCAGGGCCAUUCUGAGUUAGAUUUGUUGAAAAAGCAGCACAAGUCUUUUGCGGAGAAAGAGAAGAUGUACAAGGAACAGAUUAUUGAUUUGAAGCAGCAGUUGAGUCGCAGAUACAUGGCUGAGAAAAGUGAAGAAAGAAAAACGUCGAUGCGAGAGGCGCAGUUGGAGAAAAAGCUGAAGUCGAUGGAGGAAGAGUUAAACAAAGCGAGAAUUCAGCUCGAUAGAGAAUACAGGUUCCAGGAAAAUAAGAGGAUUAAAACUGCUGAAGAGCUUUCUUUGUGGGAAAAGCAAAAAAAGUGGCAAGGGUUGUCAGAAAAACUGAAGCGAGAGUUGAAGGACAAGGAGGCGGAGAUUAAGAAGCUUAAUGUUAACUAUGAGAAGUUGAGGUCGAUUGUUUCCUGCAUGGAACGUGAAAAGUGGUUCCUGAGGAGUAAAAUAAAGGCAGAAGACUGCGGAACUGCAAGACCUGAUUUUAACCUGAGGGUCAUUGAAGAUCUUCAGAGAGAGUGCCAAACUUUGAGGGACAGAAUUAAGGAAUUGACUGAUAGGUUAGAAGCUGAAGACUGCCAAAGGCUGGCUGCGCUGCUUGAACAGCAGAAAAGGAGGAUCGCUGCUUUGGAAAUAGCUGCUGAAGGUAACUUAUCGGUUGUUGAUCAAUUGGAAGCUUUGGAAGCUGCUAAGUCCGCGUUGGAAAAGAACAAUAUUAAGUUGGAAAGCGAGAACUUUGAACUGCGCAUGGAGAUUGAGAAGGUUAGUAAUGAUACUCCUAGGUUGAAGGAAAAGGUUGAGCAUUUGGAGAAGUAUGUUCAGUUGCUGAAGAUAGAGAAGUCGCCAGAUUCUUCGGCUUGUUCCUCGGAGAAAGAUCAUGAGCAGAGUUCUAAGAAGUCGGUGUUGGAAUUGGAACGUACGAUAUUUGUGCUGAAGCGAAUUAUUGAGAAACUUCAAGCGGAGAACAAGAGAUUAAGGGUUAAUUCGAAGAAUAGUAACCGAGUGGUAAAUAAUAGGGGGGUUGCGAAGACAGCGUUUAAAGGGGAUGGGAAUGGGAAUGGGAAGAGGAAGGAUGAAGAAAUGGCUGUUUUGAAGUGGCAGUAUGACGAGGCCAAGAAAAGGGUUAUUGCUUUGGAGACUGAUUUACAAUUAGCUGAGCAGAGGAUUAAAAUGUUUGAGGAUAUGCAUAAGGAAGACACUUCUGUGGAGAUUAAUAUUCUUAAGCAACAGCUUGCUCAUAAGUCGGAACUCCUGGACAAAGUUAAGCAGCUGCUUACCAGAGCUGCUAUUAAUGAGAAAGCUCUCCGGCAGCGUAUUCAUCAGAUUGAGAUGAAACAAACUUUAUCAACAAUUCCCGAGUGUCAAUUUCCUUCACCAACACAAAAUUAGCAAUAAUUAUAAUUCAAUACAAUGUUUUAAAUAUUUUGUAAAUAAAAU